CGGUGUGUUAGCUGGACUUCCGUUGGUACACGCGUGUAUUUGUGUGUGGCCAAACAAACCAUCUGUCACAAGUUCCUUGCAGAAAAAAGCGAUUUUACGCGACUUUUGUCCACACUUGUGACGCGUAAACUGAAAUAAACAGAAGAUAUAUCAGUGAUCGGCGUCUUUUAAAGAAGGUAAAUAAUCUUCUGUAGAGCUUUUGGUGGCAGCCAGGAUGAUUCUGGCAACAUUAAAGGGUGUUGGGAAGCAGCUCCUGCGGGUGAAGGUGGUGGACUGUAACACAGAGGACUCCCGCCUGUCUCGAUGCCUCAACACAUUUGAUCUGGUUGCCCUUGGCGUCGGCAGUACGCUCGGCGCUGGAGUCUACGUCCUCGCUGGCGCCGUGGCCCGGGAAAACUCUGGACCUGCCAUCGUCCUCUCGUUCCUCAUCGCGGCCCUCGCCUCCGUCCUGGCCGGUCUGUGCUACGCCGAGUUUGGAGCCCGUGUCCCCAAAACUGGUUCGGCUUACCUCUACAGCUAUGUGACGGUUGGAGAACUUUGGGCUUUUAUCACAGGCUGGAACCUCAUCCUCUCUUAUGUCAUUGGAACUUCAAGUGUGGCCAGAGCGUGGAGUGCAACCUUUGAUGAGCUGAUUGGAAAACACAUCGAGGUCUUUUGCCGCAAUUACAUGACUAUGAAAGCUCCAGGCUACCUGGCAGAGUAUCCGGACAUAUUUGCGGUCUUAAUCAUAAUCAUUCUGACAGGACUGCUUGCAUUUGGAGUAAAGGAGUCAGCCAUGGUUAAUAAGGUGUUCACCUGCGUCAAUGUAGUGGUGCUGCUGUUUGUCAUCAUCUCGGGCUUGGUCAAAGGAAACCUAAAGAACUGGAACUUGAACCCUGACGAAAUCCUCAAUGCCACCCGCAACUCUAGCUCCAAUUCCACUGAUUUCAUACCAUCAAAAGAAAAUCUUGGUAAAGGCGGCUUCAUGCCUUUUGGUAUAAGUGGAGUCCUCUCUGGUGCCGCCACCUGCUUUUAUGCCUUUGUAGGGUUUGAUUGCAUCGCCACGACAGGAGAGGAAGUGAAAAAUCCUCAGAGGGCCAUUCCUAUCGGGAUUGUGGCAUCACUCCUAAUUUGUUUUGUGGCAUACUUCGGUGUGUCCGGAGCCCUCACUAUGAUGAUGCCGUACUACCUGCUGGAUAAGAAUAGCCCCCUGCCAGUGGCCUUUACGUAUGUGGGCUGGGAGGGAGCCAAUUAUGCAGUGGCCAUUGGCUCUUUAUGUGCCCUGUCAACCAGUUUACUAGGCUCCAUGUUCCCAAUGCCCAGAGUGAUCUGGGCCAUGGCAGAAGAUGGCCUGCUCUUCAAAUGUUUGGCCACAAUCAGCCCGCGAACCAAAACCCCCCUAACAGCUACUGUAACAUCAGGUGUUGUGGCAGCUGUGAUGGCUUUCCUGUUCGACUUGAAGGACCUGGUUGACCUGAUGUCCAUUGGCACUUUGCUGGCUUACACUCUGGUGGCUGCCUGUGUGUUAGUCCUCAGGUACCAGCCUGAACAGCCCAGUAACGCCUAUGAGAUGGCCAACACUCAGGAUGACCCUGAUAUGUCUGAGUCUUAUAACGAGGGGAGCAUUGACGUACUGGCACAAGCAGAGGAUCGCCUCACCAUCAGGAAUGUGCUCUACCCUUCGAACACAGAGCCGUCCAACACGUCAGGGUUCGCCGUCAACAUCUGCACCAGCGUACUAGGUGUUCUGGUGUUUGUUUUCAGCAUUGUUGCUGUUCAUGGAGGGCUGGCUGCCUGGUCAGUGUCCGUGCUCUGCAUCAUAGUGUUGGUCUGUAUCAUCGUCACCGUCGUGGUGUGGAGACAGCCGCAGAGCAAGACCAAGCUCGCCUUUAAGGUUCCCCUGCUGCCCGUUCUCCCAGUCAUGAGUAUGUUCAUCAACGUCUAUCUGAUGAUGCAGCUCGGCAGAGGAACCUGGAUGCGCUUUGCCAUCUGGAUGGUCUUAGGUUUCUUUAUCUACUUCGGCUAUGGUAUUCGCAACAGUGUUGAGGCAUCAAUGGCCAGGUCUGGCGCCUACGCUCCAGCGUGCUCAAUAAAGGGAGCCCCCAUGGCCCCGGAGAAGGAAGCCUUCCUACACGAAAUACCAAACAACAUGGAAGACGACGAUGAAGAUUCAUGAGGAGACAGGAGGUUCACUAAGCCACCAUAUUUCUGUUCUGUUGAACUCUCUAAAAUAGCUGCCUAACUUGGAAAUGCAUGGAGACUUGUAUGCCUCCCUCCAGUCAGAGGGUUGAGUUGUUUCCUUGUUUCUGCCAAAAAAUUUGAGUAAAGUAAAAGUAAAAGGGCUAGUUGGAAAUAAAGAUUAAAUAUAACUCCAUUCAUCUAAAAGAACAAUAUUUAAGUUUAGAGAAAAUUAUAUUUUUAUAUAUUUUGCACAAUUAAAUGUGUUAAGCAGAGAACAAGUAGAUUUGUAAUGCACCUCUUGUACAUAUAUCUAUUUGUAACCCUAAUUGUGGUUCCUUAAUCCACAGUCAAUCAGAAAAAAAGCCCCUUAUUAUAUUUUACAUCUGUAAAAGCAUACUUGAACUUGACUUUUUUUUUUCAUUUAUUUGACGGAUAUCUUUGCAAAUGUUUGGCCCUUGUCAUGCUGCAUUAAAAUACACAGUGCCUCUGUACCAGAGACAAUUAUAUCCACAAUCCCUUAUUCCGCACCUUUUUUUAAAUGAAUUGCAUUUAUUUAGAUAAAACUUUUUCAAACUCAGCUCAGAAUGUUACUGUAUCUUCAGUGCCUUUUUGUGUUGUUAGUUUCCCUCAAAGGUACACAUUUGUAUGUGUUGUUCUUGAGUAUAACAAGUAACUCUGUUACUGGGAUGAAUCGUACAGACAAAUGUGAGAAAUAAUGCGUAAUGGGGCUGUGAAUAUCCUGGUAUAAUACUUUGUGAUCAAUAUACCUCCAUGUCAGAUAGAUGGUUUCGUCAUGGCAGACUUUUACCAGAAAACAAAUACACCGGUGUGUGUGUGCUCCAUCAGGGAACUUUUUUAAUCAGCCAAAGAAAGAAAAGCUGCUAACGUGAAGUGAUCUGUCAGAUACUUCAGACGAUGUAUUUUAAGUGCCUAUUUCCCAAAUGAAUUUUAAACUAUUAAGGAGGUAUGAUAUUGCUCUUUUACCAGUUAGUGUGAAUUGCAUAAUGUUUGUAUAUAAUGUACUCUUUUUAAAAGCGUAUAUUUAUAAUAUAUAAGAGAAAUUUCACCUUAGUUUUCUAUUUUUAGUUAACAUACAUCAGAAUGGGAUGGAGUUUCCCAUAAUGAUCAGAAACACCAGACCAUACGUUACAGUGCUCCUCCAUCAGUUGUUAACCUACAGUGUCUCUGACAGUCGGACAUUAUUUAUUGAUUAUGGAGAGCUGAUUGUAAGUGUGUGCAGAUUCCCACGGCAGCUAAAACCAGAAAACAAAGCAUUAAAGUAUGUUUACUAAGGACUAAAAAUGCAACAAGGUUACAUUCAUUUGGAUUACGAGUUAAAACAAUAUUGCAAUUCAUCUAUGUUGCAAUUUUUCAUCAAUGACAUUGAAAUAGUCUACAGGUUUAAGUACUAAAUAGCUUUGUAAAUAAUUACUAUUAUGUCUCACGUUGAUUUUAAGAUAUUGAAGCAGCAUUGACUGAUACGAUUAUGAUGCAGAAAGUUACUGUUUUCCAUCCACAACUAGCCUUUUUUGAAACUGGGAGAUGUUUGAAUUAGUGGGAUAUUAUCAAGUAUACAGUUUUUUAUUACAUUCAUCAUUACCUCUUUCUAACAGUUAAUGUCUGUUUUUGUAAAUACUGUUUUGAUUUUGCUUAAAGUUACUGCCAAUGUUACAUGUUUUUCCUUGAAUCUCUACAAUCUCGUUGAAAGCAUUUUGUAAAGUAAAAUGGUGACAAACUGUGCCAAAAGCUGUUGACUAUAAAUAGAUUGAAUAUAUUAGAUUGAAAGCACAAAUUGAGUCAAUGGGUUAUACCAUCAGCCUUAGUUUGUAAUGUAUGCUGUAGUUGCAUUAAAACUUGUGAGAAUGAAUCUCUGUUUCAUGUGAACUUUUGCAUGCUGCACUGUUUCAAAACUGUUGUGAAGCUUGAAAAUCAAAAGGUAUAAAUGUGUUUACAAGUGUAUUGGAGUGGUGAAGUCAGCUGUUCAGCAUGUGUUGUCUUUAAUUGGUUGCGGUUUGUAUAGUUGCUGCUGUAAAUAAAUACUGCUCGAGGUUAGAACCACA